GGGUAUAUAUUAAUUCGGACCGUUUUCUCGUUAAAAGUCCUAACCUUUCUCUCUUCAACAGAAGCUCACACCGGCUCCGCCGCCGCCGCCACCGGCGUCACUCAUCAGCCCCCCAAUUUUUCCCUCUUCGCGCCUUUCGAUUGAGUAUCGUUAUCUGUCUCUCCGUUACUGUAUGUUCGCUCAAGUUAUCUUCAGACGAACUCGAUUCCUGGUAGUACGCUCCUUCCACGUCGCUAAGAAGUUCUCGAACCCCCCCGACCCAGAAGACAUUCUCUUCAGUUCCCUCUGUUUGAACCUAAGGCAAAGAAGAUGGAACGCUCUUCACCAACUCUCCCCAGCUCUCACAAACCCCUUGGUAAGCAGACUCCUUCUCCAGUUCCGAACCUCCCCGAAGCUAGCCCUCGAGUUCCACAACUGGUUCCUGGGGAACAGCACCGUGGCUAACCCCUCCGAAGCCUCUUGCGUGAUGGUUCACUUGCUGGUUGAGUCCAGAAGGUUCGACGAUGCGUUGUCAGUAAUGGCGAGUCUUAUGUCAAAGUUGAGUCCUUUAGAUGUUUUGUCUGGUUUGAUUCGAAGCUACGAACCUUGUGGUUCGAGUCCCGACGUGUUUGACUCUUUGGUCAGAGCUUGUACGCAGAACGGCGACGCUGAGGGAGCUUGUGAAGUGAUCGAGCAGGUCAGAGCAGAGGGGUUCAACGUCUCUGUCCACGCGUUGAACAACUUCAUGGGAUGUUUAAUUAAUCUGAACGAGAUCGAUUGGUUCUGGAGCGUUUACAAGGAGAUGGAUGGUUUGGGAUACGUUGAGAAUGUCAACACUUUUAACCUCGUUAUAUACUCGUUUUGUAAAGAGCGUAAGUUGCUCGAAGCGUUGUCAGUGUUCUACAGGAUGUUGAAACGUGGGGUCUGGCCUAAUGUCGUUAGCUUUAACAUGAUGAUUGAUGGAGCUUGUAAGGUUGGAGAUAUGGAGUUCGCGUUGGAGCUCUUAGGGAAGAUGAGAGUUAUGUCUGAAGGGUUUGUCUCGCCUAAUGAUGUUACGUAUAAUACAGUUGUCAACGGGUUUUGUAAGAUUGGGAGGUUGGAUUUGGCGGAGAGGAUCCGUGGUGAAAUGGUUAAGUCAGGUGUUGAGUGUAAUGAGAGAACGUACGGAGCUUUGGUUGAUGCGUACGGAAGAGGAGGAAGGUCAGAUGAGGCUUUGAGGCUGUGCGAUGAGAUGACGAGUAAAGGACUUGCGGCGAAUACCGUUGUGUGUAACUCUGUUGUUUAUUGGCUGUUUAUGGAAGGUGACGUGGAAGGAGCUAUGUUGGUGUUGAGUGAUAUGAUCAGUAAAGAGGUGGAGGUAGACAGGUUUACUCACGCUAUUGUCAUCAGAGGUUUAUGCAGAAACGGUUAUGUAGAGGAAGCUGUUAAGUUACAGAGAGGGAUUAAACUUGAGGAAGAUGUAGUUGGUUACAACACGCUAAUGCACCAUUUUGUAACGGAGAGGAAGAUGAGAUGCGCUGGUGAUCAGAUUCUAGGGAGUAUGUUUGUUCGUGGUUUGAGCGUUGACGCGGUUUCGUUUGGUACUUUGAUCGAUGGAUACUUAAAGGAAGGGAAGGUGGAGAAAGCUGUGGAGGUGUACGAUGGUAUGAUCAAGAUGAAGAAGCUGCCGAAUCUCGUGAUUUACAAUUCGAUUGUGAAUGGAUUAAGCAAGCGAGGGUUGAGCGGAGCGGCUGAAGCAGUGGUGAAGGCUAUGGAGAGCAAGGACGCUGUGACUUACAACACGGUGUUGAACGAGUCUCUCAAAAUUGGGAACGUGGAAGAAGCUGUGAGUGUCUUAUUUGAAAUGCAGAAGGAUGACGGUGAGAAGCUGGUUAGCUUGGUGACUUAUAAUAUCUUGAUCAAUCAUUUGUGCAAGUUUGGGUGUUGCGAGAAAGCUAAGGAGGUUUUGAAGGUUAUGGUUGAGAGAGGUGUUGUUCCUGAUUCUAUAACGUAUGGAACUCUGAUAACAUGGUUUAGUAAGAAUCGCGGUGGAGAUGAAGUUGUUGAGGUACAUGAUUACAUGGUUCUUAAUGGAGUUAGACCUCAUGAACAGAUUUACAAAUCUGUUGUUAGUCCUCUUCUUGAUGGAGAGCCAUAGUUCAAAGUGCCACAGAAUGGUUUGCAUCUUGUUCGUAAGCGUUGACGUCGACUUGUAAAUCGGAGGUAUGUCUGACACGUGGCCAAGUUAUAUCUUUGUCACGGGCUAUACAGAAAGAAAGAAAGAAGAACAAAACCAACGACGUAUGUUGUUGGAAUCUUCUCAAUGAAU